AUGUUGGCUGAAUCACUCAGAUUGGCUGCAGAGCAGGGGGAUCAAGGAGAACAGACAACUAACACAACAAAACGCAAAAAAACUGCACCUGGGGAAGGAGCAAGCUCUUUGUUUCUGUUUUCUGAAGAUAAUUUCAUCCGGAAACAAACACGUUUCAUCAUCGAGUGGCUUAAUCCGUUUGAAUAUACAGUUAUUUUAACAAUCAUCGCAAACUGUGUGGUACUAGCACUAGAGGAGCACCUACCCAAUCAUGACAAAACACUCCUAGCACAAAAUCUAGAAGCCACAGAAAUGUAUUUUUUGGCGAUAUUUUGUGCCGAAUCUUUGUUGAAAAUUCUAGCUCUCGGUUUCGUGCUUCAUAAAGGAUCGUACCUGAGAAACGUAUGGAAUAUUAUGGAUUUUUUUGUCGUUCUGACAGGUGUUUUAACUGUGUUGAUGCAAGAUGUAAAUUUGCGGACGUUGCGCGCGAUUCGUGUUUUGAGACCUUUGAAGCUGGUUUCUGGGAUUCCAAGCUUGCAAGUUGUGUUAAAAUCGAUCAUUAAAGCCAUGGCUCCUUUGCUACAAAUUGGUUUGUUGGUACUAUUUGCCAUUGUUAUCUUUGCAAUUAUUGGAUUGGAAUUUUAUUCUGGUGUGUUACACAAGACGUGUUACAGUUUGUAUGAUAUAGAUCAAAUUGUCACAGAGGGUGAAGAUGAAGUUCCUUGUACCACAGAUAACGAAACACAAGCUAAACUUAGUGGUAGUAACUGGUGUAGAGAUGGAAAUUCAGUUUGUUUAGAACGAUGGGAAGGUCCUAACCAUGGUAUCACCUCAUUUGAUAAUAUUGGCUAUGCCAUGCUGACAGUUUUCCAAUGUAUUACCAUGGAAGGUUGGACGCCAAUUCUCUAUUGGAUGAAUGAUGCAAUGGGAAGCACAUUCAACUGGAUGUACUUUGUCCCACUCAUAGUUUUGGGGUCGUUUUUCAUGCUAAAUCUAGUCCUUGGUGUCCUCAGCGGGGAAUUUGCAAAAGAACGAGAAAAAGUGGAAAACAGACAAGAAUUUCUCAAAAUGCGACGACAGGCACAACUGGAAAGAGAACUAAACGGUUAUGUUGAGUGGAUUUGUAAAGCAGAGGAAGUUAUUCUAGCAGAGGAACGCACGACUGAAGAAGAAAAAUUGCACAUUAUGAAAGCAAGAAGAAGGGCAAGAAAAAAGAAGUUGAAAAAGAUUGGACCUAGUAAAAGUACUGAUACAGAAGAUGAAUCAGAAAUGGGAGAUGAUGCAUUUGGACGUUCGGCCCGUUCGCAAGGCGACGGAAAAUGGGCCAAAUUUUGGCGAUCCGAAAAACGCUUCCGUUACAAAAUCCGACACACGGUCAAAACCCAGUGGUUCUAUUGGUCUGUUAUUGUGUUGGUUUUCUUCAACACGGUCUGCGUUGCGGUCGAAUACCACGGACAACCACAAUGGCUAACUGAUUUUUUAUAUUACGCCGAAUUUGUGUUUUUGGGCCUGUUUUUGUCCGAAAUGUUCGUCAAAGUGUACGCUUUAGGACCCCGAAUUUACUUCGAAUCGGCGUUCAAUCGCUUCGAUUGUGUUGUGAUCAGUGGAUCAAUUUUCGAAGUCGUUUGGUCGGAAUACAAAGAUGGGUCUUUUGGAUUGUCCGUUUUGAGGGCUUUGAGGCUACUUCGGAUUUUCAAAGUGACGAAAUAUUGGUCAUCUUUGAGGAACUUGGUCAUUUCAUUAUUGAAUUCAAUGCGAUCGAUUAUCUCCUUGCUGUUUUUGCUAUUCUUGUUCAUUCUAAUUUUUGCACUUCUUGGAAUGCAACUUUUCGGGGGCGAAUUUAAUUUCGACGACGAAACGCCACCAACAAACUUUAACACGUUUCCAAUUGCACUUCUAACCGUAUUUCAGAUUUUGACUGGCGAAGACUGGAAUGAAGUAAUGUACCUUGGAAUAGAGGCAUUAGGAGGACACAACAACGGCGGAAUGAUUUACUCAUUGUAUUUCAUCGUACUUAUGCUUUUUGGCAAUUACACUUUGCUCAAUGUUUUUUUGGCCAUUGCUGUUGAUAAUUUAGCGAAUGCCCAGGAACUCACAGCUGCUGAGGAAGAACAAGCUGAGGAAAAUCGCGAAAAGCAAGCACAAGAGUUGGAAAAAGAAAUGGAAGCGUUACAAAUGGAUGGCCAUACAGUGUUUUCGAUGAGUCCAACCAAAGAAACGAAGAAGAAGAAGGAAGAAAAAGUAGAAGAAGAGGAAGUUGAGGGCCCGAAACCUAUGCUACCCUAUUCUAGCAUGUUUAUCUUAUCACCAACAAAUCCCGUCCGGAAAUUUGCCCACGGAAUUGUAAACCUGCGCUACUUUGAUUUUUUCAUCAUGGUUGUGAUUUGCCUGAGUUCGAUGGCGUUAGCAUCGGAAGAUCCAGUUAACGAAGAGUCCAAAUGGAACAAUGCUUUGGACAAAUUAGACUAUGCUUUCACCGUUGUUUUUGCAUUAGAAAUGUUUCUUAAAAUAAUCGAUUUGGGGAUUAUUUUACACCCCGGUUCUUAUUUGCGAGAAAUUUGGAAUUUUAUGGACGCCACUGUUGUGAUCUGUGCUUUGGUAUCAAUGGGUUUCAACUUUGCGCAAAAGAAAGCCGCAGCCAACUUAUCAACGAUCAAGUCGUUAAGAGUGCUUCGAGUUUUGAGACCAUUGAAGACAAUUAAACGCGUCCCGAAGUUAAAAGCUGUGUUUGAUUGCUUAGUAAACUCGCUGAAAAAUGUGAUAAACAUCCUCAUAGUGUAUAUUUUAUUUCAUUUCAUUUUUGCUGUGAUUGCUGUCCAGUUAUGGAAUGGCAAGUUUAGGUACUGCAACGAUGCUAGCAAAAUAACUGAAGCAACGUGCCAGGGUCAGUACUUCGUCUAUGAUGAAGACAGCGAUGUUCCUCGAGCUGAACAGCGCCAGUGGACAAUCCAAAGUUUCCACUAUGAUGAUGUUAUGAUGGCAAUGUUGACCCUCUUUGCUGUCCAAACAGGAGAAGGCUGGCCCCAGGUUUUACAACAUUCAAUGGCUGCAACAUACGUCGAUCAAGGACCAAUCGAAAACUAUCGUUUAGAAAUGUCCAUUUUCUACAUUGUCUACUUCGUAGUGUUUCCCUUCUUCUUUGUAAAUAUAUUCGUAGCGUUGAUUAUUAUAACGUUCCAAGAGCAAGGCGAAGCGGAGUUACAAAGUGGCGAAAUCGACAAAAAUCAAAAAUCGUGCAUCGAUUUCACAGUACAAGCGCAUCCUUUGGAACAGUUUGUACCAGAAACCACUCAUGGAUUUAAGUACAAAUUAUGGAAAGUGGUCGCCUCUACGCCUUUCGAUUACUUCAUUAUGAUGUUGAUUGUUUUUAACACUUUAUUAUUGAUGAUGAAGUACGACAAGCAAGGUGAAACUUUCACCCUGACGCUAAAGUACCUCAACUGGCUUUUUACUGGACUCUUUACAGUUGAGUGCAUCCUCAAGAUUGUCGCUUAUGGGGCUGGGAAUUUCUUCAAAGAUCCUUGGAACGUCUUCGACUUCAUAACUGUGAUUGGGAGCAUUAUUGACGCCGGAGUUGUCGAACUUGGAGAAAACUUUUUCAACGUUGGAUGUUUGAGACUUUUUCGAGCCGCUCGUUUGAUCAAACUCCUCCGUCAGGGUGACACAAUUCGCAUACUUCUCUGGACUUUUGUCCAGAGUUUCAAAGCCCUUCCUUACGUUUGCCUCCUCAUUGCAAUGUUGUUCUUUAUUUAUGCCAUCAUUGGCAUGCAAGUGUUUGGAAAUAUAAAAGAAGACCCCGAAACUUCCAUUACACGCCACAAUAACUUCAGAUCCUUCACUCAAGGUCUUAUGCUCCUAUUCCGAUGUGCCACUGGUGAAUCUUGGCCAAACAUUAUGCUGUCAUGUGUCAAGGAACGACCUUGUGAUCCAGCAGCAAAAAAAGCACCAAACAGUUGUGGCUCAAACAUUGCCUACGCCUAUUUUGUCUCUUUCAUAUUCUUCUGUUCCUUUCUGAUGUUGAACUUGUUUGUUGCUGUCAUUAUGGACAAUUUUGAUUAUUUGACUCGAGAUUCUUCAAUUUUGGGGGCACACCACUUGGAUGAAUUUAUCCGGAUUUGGGCUGAAUACGACCCAAAAGCAACGGCUAAAAUCCAUUACACCGAAAUGUACGAAAUGUUGAAGAACAUGGCACCUCCUUUAGGUUUUGGUAACAAGUGUCCCAACAGAUUGGCUUACAAAAAGUUGAUCAGGAUGAAUAUGCCAGUCGAUGAUGAAGGCAAAGUUAAUUUUACCACAACGCUGUUUGCUUUAAUACGAGAAAAUUUGAGUAUAAAAAUGAGACCACCUGAUGAAAUGGAUCAAGCUGAUGAGGAAUUAAGAGAGACCAUCAAAAUUAUAUGGCCAUUACAAGCCAAAACCAUGGUAGAUUUGUUAGUCCCACCUAAUGACCUUUUAAAUAGUGGUAAAUUAACUGUGGGCAAAAUAUACGGCGGACUCCUAAUUUUGGAAAAUUGGAGAAAUACCAGAUUUGGUCAAAUUCAAUCAUCGACUGGAUUUUUGGGUUUUGGGAAUCGCUCCUCGGCCAAUCAAACGGUGAUAAAUAUUGAAAGUGGUUCCGACUCAAGACGACAAUCAAGCGAAGGCACCAGAAGCCAGUAUUUGGAUUUGCCAAACUCGGAUCAUCACUGGUCUGCCUCGUCAACCCCAGCACACACCCCUUUUACGCGCAAUACUCGUCACAACGAUUCAUUGCGUUCCGUUCGAAGAGCUCACGGAACCACAAGUCUAGGCCAACGCUCACGGUCUCCAAGUCCCAAACGACAAGAAUCGUCUUUUUCAAACAACCCAACACCUACGAGUCGUUACCGCCAAGGUCGGAGACUACCACCUACACCUUCCAAGCCUUCGACACUUCAACUUCAACGUCCAGGAGGAGUCAUCAAUUUUCCCAGAUUGACUCCUUCACCUACGCAUUUUACCCUUCAAAUGCCCGCACAUGCGAAGAAUUAUCAUCGAGACAGACAGUUUAUACCGGCAACAGGAGUUGCUCCAUUGACUGGUGGAAGCCGAGUUCCGCUCAGUUUUGAACAAGGGAUGACGUUAGGACGUGGAGGUCGUAUUUUGCCAAGUCCAGUGCCUAAUGGUUACAAGCCAAAAACCACCCGAUUGCUCCAUUCAGAUUCAGAUGAUGAUGAUUGGUGCUAA